AUGUGGGCCAAUGACAGUUCUCUGGGCCCCUGUUUCCGGCCAAUGAACAUCACGCUAGAGGAGCGGCGCCUGAUCGCCUCCCCCUGGUUUGCUGCCUCCUUCUGCCUCGUGGGCCUGGCCUCCAACCUGCUGGCCCUGAGGGUGCUGGCAGGGGCCCGGCAGGGCAGCUCACAGGGGAGGUCCUCCUUCCUCACCUUCCUCUGUGGCCUGGUGCUCACCGACUUCAUGGGGCUGCUGAUCACCGGUGCCAUCGUGGUGUCCCAGCACGCCAUCCUCUUCGACUGGCACGCCGUGGACCCCAGCUGUCGCCUCUGCCGCUUUAUGGGCGUCGUCAUGGUCUUCUUCGGCCUGUGCCCGCUGCUGCUGGGGGCCGCCAUGGCCGCAGAGCGCUACCUGGGCAUCACCCGGCCCUUCUCGCGCCCCGCGGCCGCCUCCCCGCGCCGCGCCUGGACCAUCGUGGGGCUGGUGUGGGCCGCGGCGCUGGCGCUGGGCCUGCUGCCCGUGCUGGGCCUGGGCCGCUACACCCUGCAGUACCCCGGCUCCUGGUGCUUCCUCACGCUGGGCCCCGAGCCCGGGGACGUGGUUUUCGGGCUGCUGUUCGUGCUGCUGGGCAGCUUCUCCGUGGGGCUGUCCUUCCUGCUCAACACCAUCAGCGUGGCCACCCUGUGCCGCGUCUACCACGGGCGGGAGGCCGCCCAGCAGCGCCCGCGGGACGGCGAGGUUGAGAUGAUGGCCCAGCUCCUGGGCAUCAUGGUGGUGGCCAGCGUCUGCUGGAUGCCGCUGCUGGUCUUCAUCGCCCAGACGGUGCUGCGGAGCCCACCACCCAUGAGCCCCACCGGGCAGCUGUCCCGAGCCACGGAGAAGCAGCUGCUCAUUUACCUGCGUGUGGCCACCUGGAACCAGAUCCUGGACCCCUGGGUGUACAUCCUGUUCCGCCGGGCCGUGAUCCGGCGCCUCCACCCUGGCCUCAGCACCCGGUCCCGGUCGCUCUCCCUGCAGCCCCAGCUCGCCCGGAGGCCCACCAUGGCGUAGGGGCAGGGAGACAUCAGUGGUGGCUCCGGAAGGACAGCGGCCGUUCAACCUCGGGCCUCCCUGACAGUCACAGCUGCCCACCCUGAAGUCCGGGAGCUGGGAGUGCAGGAUGAGCAGAGUUUGAGUGGCAGGAUUGUGAGCUGUCUUCCGUCUGCCCUGGGGGCUCCCCAAUCUUCCCUGACCCCCCUUUCCAAGGCCGUUUUCUUCUCUCAGGCCCCUCCCAACUUCAGGCUGGGUGAGUGGGAGUGUCAGGAGGGUAUCUGGAGACGAUUAAACUUUUAAGCCUCCCCUUCCAGAAGUGCCCAGGAAAUUGGGGGUCUGACCACUGAAUAUGACCUGUUCUGUGGGGUACAGUGAUCCCCUUUGACACCCCAACCUGAGAAGGCUCUGCCUAGAAAAGAUUCAAUAUAAAUGGGCAGGACGCCCCCUCUCUUGCCAAAA